CCCAACUCGGACGAAAUCCUUCCCCGGACAGCUGGGGGCACUCAACUGAACCUUGCUUUUUUGCUUUCGGCUCUGCGCCACUGAAUCACAAGAUCCCACCAGACUUCACUCAGGCUUUCUAAUAUCUCCCGUCGUCGGCUGACAUCCCAACUACACUACACUAAAGCAGACGCUACCGUCGAUCACGUAGUACCUAUCCAGCCUGCCCCGCGAUAGGUAUCGCGCCAGUCGCGCUUAUCCCCACGACACGGCAGACACAGGAACCUGGCACGCACUCCCCAACAUCAGUCGAUACAGCCAUCAAUGCCGCGAUAACGUACGACCGACCACCAUUCCCCGCAUCUACCAACAGUACCUACCUACCUACCCCCGCUACAGCCGCGCAACCCUUCGCCACCAUGGCCCUGCUAGGCAUUUCCUUGAUUGUCGCCUCAGUCGUCCUCCUCGUCUUGCGCCGACCAGAAUGGCUUCAACAGUUCUGGACGAGUCUCUACCGUCAAGCAUCACAGAACCAGCUUCCCCGUCCACCGCAACGUCCUGUACCACGCAUAGAGGAACCCAAGCCAGAGGAUGUUGACCAAGUUCACGAGAAAGAGAAGGAAAGGAUAGCGGUUCCCAAGGAUGUAGUAUCUCCUCCACUGCCACCACCCGUGGUAAUCCUGGAAAACGGCAUCAACGAUAGUCCUGGUUCUCCUCGAGACGGGCAGACAACCCCUAAAGCCUCGGCGGUCAUCCCCAGCGAUGCGGUCCCGGCAUUCACCCUCUCUGUUCCCGAACUAGCCCAACAACAACCACAGGUGGGGGAGAAGCCUACGCCGGCCGUGAUAUCAUCAACCUCCAGCACCAGCAUGAUGAUGCCCCCUCCUCCCCUUCCCGCUGCUGCGCGGGGCAGCCUCCCCGCCAACCUUCUCCGCCAACCCGGCACCUCCACCCUCCCCCUCCCUCCAUCAUCCGGUGGCCGACCGGGCGGUGGUCCCCUCCCGAACCGUGGGCCUCCCUCCUCAUCCUCCGGAGGAGGCGGAAGCAGUCUCUUCCCGCCGCCCACCCACAGCACCAAGCCCGCCAAGCCCUCGCGCGCCGUCGUCCUCACCCCCGGCCACUCCCCGCUAGACUGGGCCCGGCUCUCAGGCCACCCGACCGCGGACCUGCGCGGCUUACCCAAGGAUACCCCUUAUCUGCGCGUGACGCCGAGCUUGCUCAAGAAGAUGACGGGCCGCAAGGGCAAGGACGCGUGGAUGGUGCUUGGGGGCAGGGUGUACAACAUCACGCCUUAUAUCCCUUUUCACCCGGGCGGUGAGCCGGAGCUGCUCAAGGGCGCGGGGAGGGACGGAACCAAGUUGUUUGGGGAGAUCCAUCCGUGGGUAAACUAUGAGGGUAUGCUGGCUGCUUGUUUGGUGGGGAUUUACGUUAGUGAGGAGGAUGGGGAGGCUGCGGCCGCUGCGGCGAAGAAUGGGGGAAUUAGUGGGGCUGGAGGAGGAAGUAUGGAGGAGAUGGAUUAGAGGUGUCGAGAUGUAAUUGAGGCUGUGUGUCAGGG